GCGUUGUGUGUAAACAAAGACGACAUUAUCAGAAAUUGUAAUAUAUUUUCAUUGAAUUUUGUGUUGUAACUUGUACGUAUUGUGAAAUCAAGAAUCUCUUCUCACUCCUUGUCGAGUUGCUGAGAAGAGAAUAGAAGAGAGCGAGAAAAUAAGCGUGAAAUGUGCCCAACUUCUGCGCAUUCGCUCUCACAAGGUUAAGUUUAGCGGUUACCGCGGGCUUGUGAAUGCCGCAUGUAACAGAAAAGAAGGGGGGGGAAACGAGACAGCUAUCUUUGUAUUCGAAUCUUUCGCCAAUUCCUCGCAGACAUGGAUUUUGCGUUGGAACGUUUGAACGAGAAACAUAAUACACGUAUAAUUCUCAAGGAGCGUAAUCGUUCUUACACCUGUGGUAGAGGCAAGGACAAUGAUAUUCUUUGUCUUAGUUUACUUGUAUCUCGUAGACAUUGUAUUUUUUUUCGAGACACUGAAAGUUUGUAUGUCACAGACUUACGAAGUUCAAAUGGCAUUUUUAUUAAUGGCGAUGAAAAAAAGUGUCAGCAUACAGUCAAACUAUAUGAGAACGAUAUCAUUGGAAUUGGUUGCCCUGAAAUUGAUUCAAGUAAAGAGACAUUGUAUGUUUAUAAAGUUUGCAUCAUUAAGUCACCUGAACUUGAUGAAGAAGAAGAAGAAACUACUGCUUUAUCAAGGACAAUUUUAAAUAACGAUACAUCACAAGAAAUCAUAUCUCAUGUAAAUCAUGAUUUUAGAAAAAGGCAUGGAUCUAAUUUAAGUUGCGAUAUGAUAAUACCUAAUAAAAAACCAAGUGUUACAUAUAAUACUAAUAAACAUGAUUCUAGUUCUUCAAAAAGAAUUGAUUCUAAUUUAUCUCGCAAUAAUCAGACUCUUAACAGCAAUACUAGUGAUAAUUUAAAAAUCAGACAUGAUACUGAUAUAAAUGCAGAAGAUGAUAUUGAAGUAAUUCAUGCAUCAUUAGUAGAAGAUGUAAGGAAGAAGAACACUACGACACAUAAUCUGACAUCUGCAAAAUGUUUAAGUGACAAUAAAUCGGAUUUUGAUGACAAAAUAGAUGUUUCUAGUGUUGAGAAUAACAGUGAAGACGAUGUUAAUGAUAGAGAAAAUUCAAAUAUUGUACAUAAAGUUGAUCAAAUUAUUAGAUGUGAAAGUGAACUACAAAUAACAGACGAUGAAGGAGCAAACAUAGUUGAACACGAUAUAACUUGCAAAUCAGCGAUUAAAUUGAAAAAAACAAAACAUGAGCCAAAAACGCGAUUUUCCGAGAUCGAUGUUGUCAAUUUAAGUGACAAUGAGGAGGGAGUAUUUCCAUAUUCCCAGUUAUUUGAUAUCAAAUAUGACGAUAAUACAGAGAAUAAGAGAGAGAUAAAACAGGAAUGCAUCAACGAUGAUGAAUCAAACACCGAGAAAAUUGGUCUGCUAAAUAUCGACGACGAGGUCAUUAUUUUAACAGACAGCGAAGAUGAAGAUAAUCCAUGGUUGGAACGAUUAUCCAGAAGUCAAUUACUCAAUGAAGAUAUAAAACCUGUUUUGUGUGAUUCGAUCGUAAAAGAUGAAAUCGAUUUGGGUAUUUGGGAUGAUGAAAUUUUGAAUAUCGAAUUGUCUGAGGUAAUCAAACAAUCCGAGAUACCAUGUACUUCCGAGGUUCCUUGUAAAGAAAUGUCUUGUGAACCACGUACAAGCGUUGAUGUUGGAAUUAAAAACAAAGAAGAUGAUUAUAAUACUAAUUUAUUGACUCCAAGAGUGGAUGCGAUGGAUAUAGACGAAGCAGGCAUUUCUAAUCAUUCUGGUACGAGAGAUAUUAAUAAACAAAUUAAUGAUAUCAAUAUUAAUGUCAAAAAGAAACAGAAAACACAUGCGAAACAAAAUCUAGAAUUAAAUAAACAAAUAAUAGAAGGUGUGAAAGAAAAAUUAAUUGCACCGACAACAGAAGUUUGUACGAUAGAUGUAGACGAGACAGGCAUUUCUAACAAACACAAUACGAGAGAUAUUGAUGCAAACAAACGGAUUAUUGAUGUAAAUAUUAACAUCAAAAAGAAACAGAAAACUCGUGCAAAACAAGAUGUAAAACUAAAUAAACAAACAAUAGAAGGUGUAAAAGAAAAAUUAAUUGCACCGACAACAGAAGUAGAUUUGAUGGAUGUAGAUGAGGCAGGCACUUCUAACAAUUAUAGUAUGAGAGAUAUUGAUGGAAACAAACGGAUUAUUGAUGCAAAUAUUAAUGUCAAAAAGAAACAGAAAACGCAUGCGAAACAAAAAUUAAUUGCAUCACUCACAGAAAUAGAUAUGAUGGAUGUAGACGAGACAGGUGCUUCUAAUGAUUCUAAUACGAGAUGUAUUGAUGUAAACAAACAGAUUAAUGAUAUUAAGAUUAAUAUAAAAAAUAAAACAGAUGCGAAACGAAGUGUAGAGUUAAUAAAACAAACAAUAGAGAGUGCAAAACAAAACUUAAUUGCACCAAUCAUAAAAGUAGAUGUGAUGAAUACAGAUAAGACGAGUACUUCUAACGAUCGUAAUACUAGAGAUAUUAAUAGAAGCAAACAUAUUACUGAUGUCAAAAUUGAUGACAAAAAGAGAACAGAUACGAAACAAAGUAUAGAAUUAGUUAAACAAACAGAAAGUGUAAAACAAAAAUUAAUUACACCGACCACAGAAGUAAAUGAGAUGGACGUAGAUGAAUCAAGCUCUUCUGACGAUUUUGAUCUUUUUCCUAUCGAUAGUAUUGAUAGAAGCAAACAGAUUACUGAUAUCAAUAUUGACAAAAACAAACAGAAAACAAAUGUGAAACAAGAUACACAGUUAGAUAAGCAUACAUUAGAAAGUAUAAAACAAAAAUUAAUUGUAAAGUCCCCAAAAAGACUGAUUCCAAUAGAACCAUUAAGUUUACCUACAAGAAGAAGACAAUCUGAUCAUAGUAAAGACAAAGCAACAAAAGUACAUGAAACUUCACAAUCAAGAGUAACAACAAAAGAAAAGAGCGUGUUGAAAUUAAAAGCAAAACUUAAAGAUAAUCUUAGUAAAGAACAAAAAGAGAAUACGGACCGCAAAGAUAAAUCUAAAUCGAUAACUGACAAUUCCUUGUCAAGUGAAGCAAAAUCUGGGCUAUCAAUUUCUAAGGACGAAAAAAAGAAAAUAAUCGAACAGAGAAAGAUGAAAUUGAAGGAGAUUGCAGCGGAAGAGAAGAAGCUGACGGCCGAAAACGAUCAAAAUACUAAACGUAGGAAUAAACCGAGAGCUAAAGUAUCUUUUAAAACUCGUGGCGAUUUUCUCAUUACUGAACAAGAACCACGAGUAUCUAAAUCGCUUCCAGAUAAACCCGCAGAAUUAUCAACAUCAAGUGAUCAAUCUAAGAAGCCAUCAAGAGAUACAACUAAUGUAUUAAAAGAAUCCACAAUUUCCGACAAGAAGGCAGAGAUUUGUCAAGAAACGGACGUUUCUAAGGAUACAGUAAAUAACGUUGCCGCAUCAUUGCAACAGUCCUUAUAUUUAAAUAAUAUAAACACUGCGUCUGAGAAAAGUACACUAGAUUUCAAAGCGACCGAUGAUAAUAAAAAGAAACACAGCAGUAGCAAGGAUAUUACAAAAAAGAGCAAUAUUAAUACUGAUCCUACUUUUCAAAUGUCAGAAUUGCGGGAUAGAUCGACCGAACGUAGUUCUGUGAUACAAAAAGAAAAUUUUUCACCAAACAGUUUGAAAUCGAAGCUUUUAAAGUCGAGCAUAAAACCGAAGAAAAUUAAAAGAGUGACUUUUUCUGACAGACCCGAAAUACGGGAAUAUGAUAUUGAUCAAGGCAAUUCUUUAAGGAAAUUGGUAGGGAAAGAUGCACCUAUUCCUACGAAUAAAUUAAAAAAAUCUGUAACCUGUACAGAUUGGCGCCCGAAAUUGGAAGAGUUCUUACUUCGCAUUUUUAAGUGGAAUCCUGUGUGGCUCGAAGAACAGCGCUAUCUAAGAUGCGAUCCACCAAUAAUAUCGGAGAAUGAACUUCAGGCUAUGAAACUAUCCUACGAUUCUUAUGAACAGUACUAUGCAGUUGCGAUGCCUCUUCUAUUACUCGAAAUAUGGUGCAUCAUGACCAAAGAUUUCGAAAUGAUUCAGAAGAAUAUGCAACGUACUACCGUAAUGUGUUCCAUAGUUGAGAAUUCUAUUACGCGCACCCCUAUACCAUCGACUGAUUUAUUCUUGACAAAAUUGACUCUUGAAGUACUAGUCAAUAGAGAAGAUUUUAAUAAACAAAAUCAUCCUAUUUACGGAGAUCUGGUAUAUCUUGAGUAUGUCAAGAAUCAACAUGGUAAACAAAUCUUUCACAAGAUAUUCGCAUAUGUCAUCAACAUGCAACAACACAUGGUUAUCCCAGGCUCCACAUAUUAUAAUAGCGAUUUACAGAAUUAUGUAAAAGAUCCAUAUACAAUUAUAAAAUACAGCGUGUGGACACAACCUCUUGAACACAUUAUCGUAAAUAGAGUGCAAAGACUCCGAACAGUCACGUAUUUGCGAUCGAAUAUCAGAAUGGUGCAGGCAUUACAAUAUCUCCCUCAUUCAUCCUUGUCAAAGUUGAUUGUGAAUCCAAAAAUUGAAGACUAUCAAUUACCACCACUAAAUGAACACUUUACAUCUUCUUCACUAGUAACAAAAGAAGAUUUAAAUUCAAAGCAAUUAGAGGCUGUAUUUCGGGUGACGAAUGCUGUAAUAAAGAAAGAAGCCAAAUUAUGCUUUAUUCAAGGGCCACCGGGAACGGGCAAGUCUAAAGUUAUUGUAAAUCUAGUGACUCAAAUAUUAUAUGGUGGAUGUCAAGAUAAGAAAUCUUUGAGAAUCCUGAUUUGUGCACCGUCUAACGCCGCUAUUGAUGAAAUUGUGAUAAGACUUCUACAUAUCAGAUCUAUCCUAAAACAAAAACGUUUUAAUAUGGUACGCAUUGGUCGAUCAGAGUCUAUGCAUCCAAAGACUAAAGACAUUUCUGUACCACAGAUAGCGAAACGCUACCUAAUAAAUGUAAGUAAAGGUAUAAAAACAACAGAUAACAACAUUGAAGAUUUAUCAAUUUUACAAGCGUAUAUUAAUUCGUUUAACGCCAAACUUGGAAGUAUCCAAGACGUACAAGAAGAAAAGAGGUAUUCACUUAAUAGAAAACUAUUUGAAACAACGGUGAAAUAUGAACUUAUGAAAUCUAAUAAAUCGAUAGACGAGGUCAAUUCAAAGGAGCGCGCCAGGUACCAGCGUAUGUCAGAAGACAUAAUUCUUCAGGGUGCCAAUAUAAUUGCCUGUACACUUUCUUCUUGUUACACUAAUCAAAUGGAAUCGCUCUUUGGCGGUCACAAGGAAAGGAUAUCUGUAUGCAUUGUUGAUGAGGCGACGCAGAGCUGCGAAGCAGAGACUUUGAUACCGUUAAUGUUGGGGGUGACUACAUUGGUUCUAGUAGGUGAUCCAAAUCAACUACCAGCAACCAUUCUAAGCCAACGAGCGAAGAAAUUGGGAUUAGACCAAUCAGUAUUUUCUAGGAUACAAAACGUUUUCGCGUCUCAAUCGAACAAUCCAAUUAUAAUGUUGGACAUGCAGUAUCGUAUGGAGUACGCGAUCUCAUAUUGGCCUAAUAGAUACUUCUAUGGUGGUAAAUUGAAAAACGCUACCGAUUAUAGAAUGAAAUUUCCAUUUCAUGCAUACAGAGUUUUGGAUCAUAACUUCACUCAGAACUAUGAUAAAUUUUCCAACACUACUGAAGCAGAAUUUGUGGCCAAUAUAAUUUAUACAAUGUUGAAGUGCGCCAAAUGGGAAUCAACAAGUGCUACUAUUACUCUCGGAGUUCUCACACCGUAUAACAAUCAAAGAACUCUUAUACUGAAUAAAAUAAAUGAAAAGAUAUCGUCUGUAUCGGAUGACAUAAAAAAGAAAAUUAGCUUUGAAGUUAAUACGGUCGACGGUUUUCAAGGUCAAGAGCGAGAUGUUAUAAUAAUGUCCUGUGUGAGAAGCAGCGGUAUUGGAUUUUUAUCAGACAAACAAAGACUCUGUGUAGCACUUACAAGAGCUAAACGUAGUUUAAUACUAUGUGGAAAUUUUCGUACUUUUAUGAAAGAUAAAAUGUGGAAUACAUUGUUAACUGAUGCACGAAAUCGUAGAAUUCUAUGUCGUAUGGAUACUAAUGCGACCAGUAUGAUUAAAAAAUGCAUCAUUAAGUAAAGUAUUUAUUUGUAAAGUUUU